AUGAUGAAAUGUAAUAUAAGACCCCUGGUAUUAAGUGUUCAAUAUAGAAUGACAAAAGAAAUUAGCGAUUUCAUCAGUGAAACUUUCUACAAAAACCAAAUUCAAUGCUCACAAAGUGUUAUGCUUCGAAAAACACCUGAUUGAAUUUACCCUACUGGAACGUUAUUUUUUAAUCUUGAAACAUCUGAAGAAACGAAAGCAGAAGACUCUUUGAGCUACUAUAAUGAAUCUGAAGCAGAUUUUGUAUAUAGACUAUACUCAUUACUGGGGAAUAGGAUUUAUGUUCGGUUAUAUUAAUUAUUAAUUAAAAGGAAAAUACAAGUACCGUAUUUUACAUAUAUCAUUUAUCUAAAAAAACAAUAUAGUAAGGAAAUUGGCUUUAAUCAUAAAUUUCAGCUAUGCAAUAGAAAUGCUCGUAUAGGGAUAAUUUCUCCUUAUAAAGGACAAGUUCAGUAUAUAAAAGAUUUAUUAUAUGAAAAUUUUGGGAGUUCUUGGAAAAAAAAUUGUGAAAUCAGUUCAGUUGAUGGUUUCCAAGGAAGAGAAGUUGAUUUAGUUAUUCUUAGUGCUGUAAGGUCUGAAAGCAUUGGGUUUCUUAGGGACGAAAGAAGAAUGAACGUAGCUAUAAGCAGAGCAAAAUAUGGAAUAUAUGCCGUUGGGAAUGAAGCUUGCUUAUCAAGUAAUCCUAAAUGGAAGAGCUUCAUUGAGUAUUGUAAAAAGUCAAACAAAUACGAGUCGUGCAGAUAUUUUAAGGACGUGACAUUGUUUUUCAAUAACACAAAGUAUUAUUAA